AUGAGCGAUGCAAGCGACGCCGUAGGCCGUGACGGUGAUCCCGAGGCCGAAAUCUACAGAGCUGCUAGCGACAAGCCUCAUCCCUCCGAGUUUCUCGAGUUCGUCACGGUUCCUGGACAACCAGGGUCAUGCCGCCUAGAACCUUUGAAGACACAGAAUGAGCGGGAGACUGAUCGAAUACACGCAACACGGUCCAACGAUGAUCUGUUCCAUGGGCUCUCAGCAGCCAUUCCUGGCCUGCGCAAUUUGUCGGUUGACGCUCGCGCCGCGACAAAGGCUGAACAUGCCAUGACAUUUUUGAGGGGGUGUCGGUUGUAUCCAAAGGCCAUCGCAUGGUCGUUGCUCCUAAGUAUGACCAUCGUGAUGGAGGGCUAUGACUUGACCCUGGUCAACUCUUUCUUUGCAUUUCCAGUAUUCAGACGCUCCUACGGCGAACCUCUGAACCCGCACGCUCCACCAGACCAACGAGAUUACCAGAUUUCACCGGCAUGGCAAUCCGGUCUCACCAAUGCGGCUGUCGCUGGUGAAAUUCUAGGGUUGAUGUUUAAUGGCUUUCUCACUGAUCGCUUUGGCUAUCACAAGACCAUGGUCGGCACUCUGAUUUGGAUGUCCCUGUUCGUGUUUCUUGCCUUUUUUGCUGUCGAUAUCAAGAUGCUCCUUGCAGCGCAGGUACUUUGCGGUCUGCCCUGGGGUGUCUUCCAGACUCUUUCGACGACAUACGCGGCAGAGGUGAUGCCGGUGGCUUUGCGUGCCUACCUGACUUCAAAUGUCAAUAUGUGCUGGCUCAUCGGCCAGCUGUGCGGCGUCGGUGUCAUCCGGGGUCUUGUUCACAAUGACUCUGAAUGGUCGUAUCGAAUUCCCUUCGGUUUGCAAUGGGCAUUUGCGGUUCCAAUCCUGGCCGGCGUGCUACUGGCACCCGAGAGCCCUUGGUGGCUAGUGCGACAUGAGAAAAUCGGCGAGGCAAAGAAAGCUCUGUUGCGUCUGACGACCAAGGAUUCUGACCCCGAUUUCAAUGCCGAUAAAACUGUGGCCAUGAUGCAACACACGAACGAAGUGGAAAAGUUUCUGAAUGGCGGCGGUGUGUCAUACCUUGACUGCUUCAAGGGGACUGACCUCCGACGAACCGAGAUAUGCUGCAUGGUGUGGUGCACUCAAGCCCUGUGUGGCAGCUCGAUGACUGGCUAUGCUGCAUAUUUCUACGAGCAAGCAGGCUUCGACACUGCCGACAGCUUCAAUCUGGCUGUUGGCAUGUAUGCGGGUGCGAUCUGUGCGGGAAUUCUAGCCUGGAUUGGGAUGCGCAAGAUCGGCCGACGCACGCUGUACCUAGGGGGUCUGGCCGGGUCGUUGGUCAUCCUGAUCGUGACAGGCAUCGUCGGCACAUUCAAGGAGAGCGACAGCACUUCGUGGGCGCUGGGAUCUCUGAUCAUCGUGUUGACAUUUGUGUACGACUUCACGGUGGGCCCCGUCUGCUACGUCCUCGUGGCUGAGAUCCCCUCGAGUCGCCUGCGUGUCAAGACGGUGGUCAUCGCCCGCGUUGCAUACAACGUCGUCAGCAUCGUCACCAACGUCAUCACGCCUCGGAUGCUGAACCCCUCGGCCUGGGACUGGAAGGGCAAGUCUUGUUUUUUCUUCGCCGGCACGACGCUGCUGUGUUUGGUGUGGUGCUGGUUCCGUCUCCCAGAGCCGAUGGGGCUAACGUACAUGGAGUUGGACAUUUUGUUUGAGAAGAAGGCCAAGGCCAGCAAGUUCAAGGAGUUCCAGGUCAAUCUGGCCAGCACAGGAUACUUUUCGCUCACGCAGACGCGGUCGGACAGCGUGUGGAGGGGUUAG